AUGAACGAGUACUACCGGCACAUGAAGACGCUUUCCAUCCGUUUCACCAAACUUGUUGCCGAAGCACUGGGUCUUGAUGAAGACGCAUUCGAGGCCCUGCAGGAGGCAGAUGUCGCUCAACGACAGCUUCGGUGCAAGCUGCUCCGAUAUUCAGCUUGCCCACCACCGACAACCGGAUUCGUUCCUCAUACCGACUCUAAUUUCUUGACCUAUCUUAUCCAAGCUUUUGAAGAGCCUGGUCUUCAAUUUCAAACCCCGUCUGGUGACUGGUAUGCUGCACCGCCGAUUCCUGGGACAUUCAUCGUCCUCCUUGGCCGGGUUCAAGUUAUGGAGAAGGUCACCCACAACCUCGUCAAGGCGCCAAUACAUAGAGUCAUGUCCCCAACAAACGGUGUCCACCACUGUGUCGGCUUCUUCCAGGGCGUCUCGAUGGACAUGCGCGUUGUCGACGCCAAAUUCGAGUGUUUGUUGUUAUUGUCGGCAAGCUUCGCCAGCUAA